AUGUCGCUAAAAACAAUGAACGGCCUUCAGUCUGAAGGUCCCAACAAGAAAUACUCAAAGACAAAGAAAGUGAAGAGACAAACCACACUCAAGAAAUUUGGCCUAUAUUUGGUGAACCACCAAAUUGAAUUCCCUAUGAUAAUUCUGGCAAUCCUUGCCUUCGCAUAUUUGGUUAAAAUUCCCGGUUCAGAAAAAUUCUUUUUUUUACAUCGCAAAAUUCCAUUCACCGGAUUAUACACCAAGAGUAUCGAUGACGCGUAUUUUGUCGCAUUCUGGGUCGUUUUGUUUACCUUGUUACGCGCAAUCAUAAUGGAAUAUAUACUGACUCCUCUGGCCAAAAUCGGUGGGAUCAAGGACAUGAAUCAGAGGACGAG